AUGAUUCAUCCUUCAGAACAAAUAGAAUGAGUAUAACGGCCCAGGCCAUAUAAGAAGAUUCGGUUUGAAAUCCGAACUUGUGCUCUUCUUUCUGUUUUCUUCCUCUUUUGUUCCAUCCAAUUUCUGUAAUUCCUUCAGCGAGAAGAGAUGGGCAAACAAAGUCAACGACCCGUCGGCGAAGAGAGCGCCGGCGAGGUGGUGAUGGGGCUGCGAGAGAGCUUUGCGUCAGGGAAAACGAGGAGCUAUGAAUGGAGGGCGGCUCAGUUGAAGGGCAUCAUUAGGAUGAUCGAUGAGAAGGAGGAAAACAUCAUGGAAGCUCUCGAAGCUGAUCUAUCGAAGCCAAAGCUUGAGUCUUUUGUCCACGAGAUUUCCUUGGCGAAGUCUUCAUGUGGAUUGGCUUUAAAGGAAUUGAAGCGCUGGAUGAAACCUGAGAAGGUGUCAAGUAUGCUAACGGCCUUCCCCUCAUCGGCAGAGAUUGUACCAGAGCCCCUCGGUGUUGUGCUGGUUAUUUCUGCUUGGAAUUAUCCCUUUUGUAUGUGAAUUGCUCCA